AUUUACAGCUGUUGGGAAGAGUCAUGAGCGAAAAUUAUUAUUAAAUUAAAAUUAAAUCAGUUGAUUUAGAGCGUUUGCUAUCCGGUUGCCAGAGGAGCUGCAACGAUGCAGCGAGUCCAGGCUGAGCUAAAGCCAACCAGGAUGCAGCAGCAUUCUCAUCCGCAUUCCCAUAGCUUGCAGAACUCUGAGGAUAAAGAACACAACAGCAAUGAGACAACGACCACAUCAAGUUCGAGGAUUGCGGCCAGCAGCAGUGCCACGCCCACAGGGGCGGCCGAUGGAGGAGCCAGUGGUGCACCUACUCCUCCAAAAAGUUUGGCCUUGAAUCAGAACCAUCAUUACGCUCCUGGUUCGGACACAUCCGGGGAACCGGAAGAGGAGCUGCUGGACUCGCGUUAUGAAUGCGCCAUUUGCAUUGACUGGCUAAAUGAACCGGUGCUUACCUCCUGUGGGCAUCGCUUUUGCCGCAGUUGUCUUACUGCCUGGAUGCAAAAAAACAACCAGUGCUGUCCCAUGGACAACAAGCGGCUGUCCGCCGACCAUGAUGUCUUUCCAGACAACUACACACGUCGUGAAAUCGAGCAACUAAAGCGGGACUGCCCUAACUCUUCGCUGGGCUGUUCGGUUGUGGCCUCACCCAUCGAACUGCAUCGCCACCUGCCCAGUUGUCCAUACAGGAGACAACAGGAGCCACAGGAGGAGAAGUGCCCUUUUGCCAAGAUCAAGUGCGAUUUUGUGGGCCGACCAGAAACAAAUCAGUUGGAAGAACACCUCAAGGCGGACAUGCCGCAUCACAUGCAGCUAAUGCUGCAAGCUUUUCAGCAAACUGCCAUUGCCACCUGGCAGCCGCACAAGCCCAGCACAAGUGGCAGUGCUAUGGAUAAUGGGCAUGGACAGCAGCAGCUGCCUCCACCGCCGCAAUAUGCCAAUGGUGUAGAUGAACAGAUUGUGCAAACAAUGUACCAACGGAUUGUGGUUCUAGAGCAGAGGACACGUGAGCAAGAAACGCGCCUGGAGAAUAUGCAGAAGCAGCUGCGCCUGGCACGACAACAGGCUCCCGUGGAUCCGCGCUACAGCAAUGGCACGAUUGUUUGGCGUAUUGACCAGCUUGGCGCCUUGGUGGCUCGCUUGCGAGCGAAUGCCAACAAUCAGGUGUACUCACACGAGUGCUACACAUCGCCACAUGGCUACAAGUUCUGUGCCCGUCUGAACAUUCAGCCAAGGAAGCCACAUGUUCUCAGCUUGCAUGUACAUUUGAUGCAGUCGGAGAAUGAUUACCAUUUGGACUGGCCGUUCAAGGGUCGAAUCAAGUUGUGCAUGGUCCAUCCGGCAGAUGCAACGCUGUCGCAGCACGACACCAUCAUGACCAAGCCGGAGAUAUUGGCUUUCCAUAAGCCACGCGAGGCGAUCAGCACGCGGGGAUUCGGUUUUCUCGAGUACGCCAACAUAUCGAAUAUCAUACAGCUGGGAUUCUGCGCCGAUGACCAACUGCUAAUCAAGAUCGAGAUCAAUAUUGUGUGAAAUAGAAAGAAGAAACCGGAAACUCGAUGGCAUUGAAGUCUUCCGAAUACGUUACAUCAAGGUGGGUCAAAUCGUAGGGCAUUAAUCUAUGCUUAUAGAAAAGAAAGCCAAGAGUUUUCCAGAAGUAGUAACAUGUCUAGCCAUUCCCAUCUAACAAUUAUUAUUUUCAACAUUUUCCUUUUUUACAAUUAACUAAAUUUGGGGAAAUAACUUAUUUUUUUAAAAUGAAUAGGGAAGAUAAUCCCAGAGAGUCCCCAUUUAAUGCUUGACCCAUUAUCUCCAAGGUAAUAUAACUUGGAACUACAGAUAAGGCGACCCUGCGAUUUGUGUGGAAUUAAUCGAUCCACUUUAGUGAACACGUACAAUAUGCAAUAACCAAUAGCUGACACGUAUAUAUAUUUUAUAUAGACUUAUAUACAGUAUACAAGAGACCGCUAAUAGUAACCAGGCAUUGAGCUAUUUCUGAUGAUAUUCCAAUAACUAAUCGAUAUUAUCUAUCCUAGAACUAUUUUUUAUUAUCUUUUAUGUAUGUAUCGUAUGUAAGUAGUUAUAUAUUCAAUAUUGUUUGUUUUUAGCAAUCAAAUGUCAUUGCAGAUCACGCAAAAAAAAAAACAGAAAAAACUAAGUCAGUCAUUAAAAAUUUUAAUUGGACUUAGAUUUCCCCCGUGAUCGCUUAUCAAUGCAUUAAUUUAAUUUUUUCAAUUUGAUUGAAUUUACCUAUUAAAAACUGAGUACGUCCAUUUGGCAUAAUACCGACUUAUUUUUUUUUUAUAUAUACAUAGCUUUUACUUAAUAUUGAAUUUAUAAUUAUGCUAGGUUUAAAUUUUUCUGCUUAUUAUUUCGUUAAAUUGAUAAUGAGUGAACCAACCAACGUUUAGAUUUUAAAAUUUGUACCUUUUUCAAGCAACAACGAUGAUAAGCCAGAAACUAUAUUUUAACCUUAAACGUAAAUGCUUCCGUUUAUAGAUUCCAAGUAAGUUUGGAAGAAGAUAAAGGCUGUAUGUAUUAUUUUAUCCCAAUAUUUAACUAAGACCAUAAAAUACGUACUAUGUUUAGACCUAAGAAUCUUGGGUAGAAUGCCCAGUUUAAUCUGAGUUCUGGUCGUUGACAGGUUGAACCCUUCUCCGAAUAGAAAACCCCCAAUAAAGGACACUUUUGUACCGCCAA